AUGAAAGGGCGGAAUGCUUCUUUAGAAAUAAGAGCCGGUUUCGCUAAUGCCGCAAUACACUUUGCAGCUUGGGAUGGAAACAUUAAAGUCAUUAAGAUGCUUUAUGGUCACGUUGCAGAUUUUAAUGACCCUCUUGGAACACGAAGCCGACCAUGGAAUUCGCAAAAUUGUCUUGAACAACCUGUGCUCCGUGAAGUACACGACGUUAUACCGAUCCAUAAUGCGGCAGCACUGCACGUUGCAUCCUACUACGGUCUCAAGGAUCUUGUCGGACUGUUGAUAUCAUACGGCGCUUCAUUAGGUGUUCAAAGAGAUAAACGAAGGUACUCUUCAUUCCACUCUGCCUGUGAUAAUAGCCAUGUCGAAGUUGUGAAACUGCUUUUGGAUUCUGCAUCCAAUAAAAGUUGCGGCGAUAUCAACGGUACUACUCCGCUACACAUUGCCUGCGGAAAAGGUCUCUUUCCAAUAGCUAAAUUACUACUUUGCGAACCACCAGCUGCCGUAUACCAAGCAGACAAUAAUGGAUACACAGCCCUCCAUAUUGCUGCGAUGAACGGAUCUCAUCGGAUAUCUAGAAAUAGCCAAGUUGUCAUUGAAUCUUAA